AUGAAAAAUAAAACCAAGUUGACUGAGUUCAUCCUUCUGGGUCUAACAGAUGUCCCUGAACUCCAGGUGGCAGUUUUCACCUUUCUUUUCCUUGCCUAUUUACUCAGCAUCAGUGGAAAUCUGGCUAUCCUCAUCCUCACCUUGCUGGAUUCCCACCUUCAGACCCCCAUGUAUUUCUUUCUCCGGAACUUCUCCUUCUUGGAAAUUUUCUUCACAAACAUCUUUAUUCCCAGGGUCCUGCUUAGCAUCACAACAGGGAACAAGAGUAUCAGCUUUGCUGGCUGCUUCACUCAGUAUUUCUUUGCCAUAUUCCUUGGGGCAACAGAGUUUUAUCUUUUGGCUGCCAUGUCCUAUGAUCGCUAUGUGGCCAUAUGCAAACCCCUGCAUUAUGCGACCAUCAUGAGCAGUAGAGUCUGUAACCAACUGGUUCUCUGUUCUUGGCUGGCUGGGUUAAUGGCUAUUAUACCACCAAUCACCCUGAUGAGUCAGCAGGACUUUUGUGCAUCCAACAGGCUGAAUCAUUAUUUCUGUGACUAUGAGCCUCUUCGGGAACUCUCCUGUUCAGACACAAGCCUCAUAGAGAAGGUUGUCUUUCUUGUGGCAUCUAUGACCCUGGUGGUCACUCUCAUGAUAGUGAUUCUUUCUUAUACAUUCAUCAUCAAGACUAUUCUGAAGCUCCCCUCUGCCCAGCAAAGGACAAAAGCCUUUUCCACUUGUUCUUCCCACAUGAUUGUCAUUUCCCUCUCUUACGGAAGCUGCUUCUUCAUGUAUAUUAAGCCCUCAGCAAAAGAAGGCACCACAUUCAACAUGGCAGUAGCUCUACUUAUUACUUCAGUUGCUCCUUUGUUGAACCCCUUUAUUUAUACCCUAAGGAACCAACAGGUAAAACAAGCCUUCAAGGAUACAGUCAAAAAGCUUUUGAAUCUUUAA